GACUAUGAAGAUCUAGAAAAGCAGCUGAAAGAAGUCUUUAAGGAGCGAAGCAACAUCCUCCAUCAGCUGACAAAGACAUCAAGAGAACUUGAUGGAAUUAAAGUCAACCUUCAGUCUUUGAAAAACGAUGAGAAAACUUCCAAAACUGAUGUUCAGAAGCUUCUGGAAAUAGGUCAGAGACAAAGAGAACAAAUGAAGUCUCUCCAGGAGGUCCUGCAAAAUCAACUUAAAGAGACAUCUGAGAAAGCAGAAAAACAACAAGCUACCAUUAAUUUUUUAAAGACUGAAAUGGAAAGAAAGAGCAAAAUGAUCCGAGAUCUCCAGAAUGAGAAUAAAAGCUUGAAGAACAAACUUUUGUCAGGAAACAAGCUGUGUGGCAUCCAUGCAGAAGAGUCAAAAAAAAUCCAAGCUCAGCUGAAGGAGCUUCGUUAUGGGAAGAAGGAUUUAUUAUUUAAGGCCCAACAACUUACUGAUCUGGAACGAAAAUUAGCUGUGGCCAAAAUUGAGCUGGAGAAAGCAGCUCUUGACCGGGACUCACAGCUGAAAGCAAUGAAAGAGACCGUCCAUCUCUGCCUGUCGACUGUGUUCCGUAAUCAACCGCCUCCCCCUUUGAGUCUAGCCAGGACAAAUCCAACUCAGAUGUCAGUUCCCCCUGGGACAAUUGACAGUAUGAUUCCUGAUGCAAGGACAAAAAUCAAGCCUCAACAAACCUUUACUGGAAGCAAUGAGAGCUCUCAAAUUGAGACAACAAAGGAAGAAAAUCUGAACACUACUGAGUGCAAUCCUCUAAGUGUAAGAAUAAGUUAAAAUGAGGGCAGGACCUGUUCAAUGAAGCACAAAGACAAUCCCCCAACCAAUGCUACAGUAGAGCCAGUGACUACCCCACAGAAAUUGCAAAUCCUUCCUUGUACUGAAUGUGAGGUGAAGAAAAACCCGGAAAAACAAUUGACCAACUUUGAAGGGAGGGCAACUAGAGAAGAAAAAAUACUGUAA